ACUCAAUCCAAGCAUAAUUGCUAUGACAUUACAAAUAUGUCUAACUGUCAUCUCUACAUCAACACAUCCACAAUACAAUUACAUUGCAUGUGUACAAAUGAAUAAGAUCACAUAUUAUUCUGACUCAACAACAACAACAACAACAAACUCCUUUGCCAUGAUUUGACAACUUACAAUUUCAAAACAAAUGCAUCAAAUGUAUAUGAAUUAUGAUUGAACAUACAAUGUAACAUAUACAGUUUAUUAAUGUGAUACAAUAUGUAGUUUGCACAUUUUUUUGUUUCUAAACAACUAAACCUUAGAAAACUUGAAUCUUAGUUUUGCUUUACAGAAAUCAGUUGCUGCCUUCAAUUCGAUUCGAAAUCAUCUUGUUGUUGUCAACCAAUAUGAAUUUGUCAAUACCUCAACAAUUUUGGACAAAAUUAUUUAUUGUAUUAAAUAGUUGUUUUGUUAUAUUUGGUAUUGUACUACUUGCAUUGGGUAUUAAAGGAUUAGAAACAUUGAAUAAAUUCGGUACAAUUUUAAAUGGAAUCAUACCGCCUAUCAUUCCAAUAGCAAUAUUUAUAGGAUGCCUUAUUUUAAUUGGUACAAUGAUUGGUUAUAUUGGAUUAUGGAAACCAAAAAAAUUCAUUGUUAUACUACAUAUUGCAUGUUUAUGUCUUGCAGUGAUUAUUGAGAUUGCCAUAGCAACAGCGACAGCUACUACGGGAGAAAAAUUUCAAACAGCCGCUAAUCAUUCAGUACUACAAGCUGUGAAACAAUUUUAUUCAAAUCCUUAUUGUCAAGUAGAAAUGGAUAAAUUACAAAGAAAUUUCAGAUGUUGUGGAGCUACAUCAUAUUUGGAUUAUAUAAAAACAAAUAAAACUGUACCAUUCUCUUGUUUUAUUGGUAAAUUAGUUUAUGCAAGAGUAAGUUAUAAAUUAUUUAUGAUUAAUGAUUUAUAUAUCUAAAGUAUAAUGAUGAUUUUGAUAGAGAAUUCAUUAGAGUUUCAUUAUUAUAGAUGUUACUUAAUCAACUAAUUCAGUCGAUAUAACAGAUUCAUUUAAUAUAAAAUGAAUGUAAACAGUUUAUAUUUGUUCAUUGUUAUCAAAAUAGAAUGACAAUUAGAAAGUGAUCUGUACAAAUUGUCAUUGUUACGUAAUACAACUAUGUUACUGAGAGCAUUAUCUCUGAACUAGUGUUCUUUGAUGAACAGUUUAGUUCCAUGAUUCUUCUCAUUUUGUAUUAUGUUCUAUCCUGUUUUCUGUGGGUUGUGUAGAAGCAUUCAGUGAUUAUGCCCAACAUUAUAUCGUUGCAUUAAUUACUAUGUGCUUUGUAUUUGGUAUUAUUAAAGCUAUUUAUGUGAUUAUCUCUAUUUGUUUAUUUAAAAAUUCAUUGACUAGAAAAAAUGCAUCACCAUAAAUCUUACUACUUAUUUACUUAUUUACGCCUAUUACUUCCAAUCGAGUAGGAUAAUGAAGAUGAUAAACACCAAUUGUUCUCUUCUCUUUUCUUUUCAUUCUUUUUAAAAUUGUUUACUUAAUACAACAACAAUAAUCAUAAACAAUCAUGUCAUCAAUACAAAUUGAAUCAUUAUUGAUUAAAGUAAAGUCAUAUAUCACAUUUGACAAUCUGUAUUGCAUGGAUACUGUUGUUGAUUAUUUUUGGGCCAUUAUUAUUAUUAUUAUCAUUUUUAUUAUUAUGUAAUCAACAGAAUUAAUGAUAAGAAUAAAACAAAUAUUGUUCUUUUUUGGUUA